AUGAAGGGCUGCAUGCUUUCUUUCGUGGUAUGUGGGGCUACGGGGGCGCAGAGGGAGGACUUUGACAAGGUGGCCGAGCUAGACGUGCUGGAGGUGGAGGAUGACUUGCAAGAGUACGAUGCUGGUCGGUUGAGGGAGUUGCAGAUGGAGCUGUUGGAGCUAUCGUUUGAAGACCAAUGGGGCACGCAUCUCUUCCAGGUCCGCGAGGCAGCUCAAACACGAGCGCUGUCGUUUGUCAGGAGCAGCGUAUCCGGUGUCUGCUGCAGGGCUCGUGGUUUUACCAAGCCCAUGUCCCGCAACAACAACGCCCACUCGAGAGAAACAGCUACCAGAAGAGAAGGUUUAUCAGCCCUGGCGAUUGAUUCGAGCACCAUCAGCUCUGUCGUGUCGAAUGUUUCCGCUCGAAUGAAACAGAGCCGGUGGCAGAUCCUGAUGCCGCGGAUAGCCCGGCUGCCAACUCGACUGCCUCCCGUCAUGGCGCGCAAGUCCACAAACCCACGACCAGAUUACGAUUUACAGCUUCGUGGGAGGACAUACCCGGCGGCAGCAGGCCAGGGAAGCGUCGCGAACAGCACAAGCGCCGUGGCCGCCACCUCGAACGGGGGUCCAAAAGAACAGCCGAUCCUGACGCUGUUCCCGCUGGAACCACAGUUUGGCGUCGGAGUGGACGGGACGCUCAUGUUGUUGAAUCAGACGCCGAUCACGGCCGAGACGAACAAGCUGGCAGGGACGUUGGUGAGCGAGUACGGGUUGGAAGAUUAG